GGUCAGGAACGUAAACUUGCGUCCACGUGAAUUACACAAAGCAUACAAAACGGAGACGGACGACGAAGAAGUCAUUUUCAUUUCUGAAAAACCCGCGACCGUUCGCAACGUGGUUCUUACAUUUGACCUGGAGAAGCGACGUGCUCUUCAAAGAGAGAUAGAUGAGCAGUCUCAACCACUACUCCCAGCCAAACAUCUGACAAACAAGACAUCUGUUUCAGUGGAGACACAGACCAUUAGGAUGAAAGUGGAAAUGGAAGAAGAUGAGAAUCUGAUAAAAAAGGAAAAGAAGCGUAAGAAAAGACAAGAAGCCGACUGCUCUGUUGAGGAUGAGCAUGCAGGAACUGUGAAAAAAAGAAAGAAGAGUAAAAAUGUUGAUGAAGUGCCGGUGCCGAAAGAAAAGAAGAAGAAGAAAAAGAAGGGAACUGAUUCUUUGGGUGAUGCUAACAGUUCGGUUGUUAUUGAAGAAGAAAAGAAGAAUAAAGUAAUAAACACAGAGAGUUUAAUAGAAGUAGAGGUGAAAAAGAAGAAAGUGAAGUGUAAACCAGAAAAUACAGAGGAGGAAGAACCAGGUGUUGAACCAGAUAACAAACCAAAGAAAGUUAACAAAAGUAAAAACAGUAUUUCAGCUGAAAACACACAGGAAACUGAAAUACCAAUUAAAGAAAAGAAAAAGAAGAAAGCAAAGUGUAAACCAGAAAAUACCAAGGAGGAAGAACCAGGUGUUCAACAAGGCAACAAACCUAAGAAAGUUAAAAGUAAGAAACGUGAAAACAGUAUUUCAGUUGAAAACACAGAGGAAACAGAAAUGCCAGUUAAAGGAAAGAAAACAAAGAAAGUGAAGUGUAAACCAGAAAAUACAAUGGAGGAGGAGGAGCAAGGUGUUGAACAAGAUAAACCAACGAAAGUUAAGAAAAUUAAGAAAAAUGAAAACAGUAUUUCAGUUGAAAACACAGAGGAAACAGAAAUGCCAAUUAAAGAAAAGAAAAAGAAGAAAAAAGAUAAAAGUAUUUCACCUGAGGAAGAAAUGACAGCAACAGCAAAAAAGAAAGCCAAAGUGGCUGAAAAUGGACUAAAAUUAGAAAUACAUGACACUGAGGUUCACGAGGUUAAAUUGAAAACUAAGAAAAAGGAAAGCGUCUCCACUGCGAAUGAUACAAAUGCAAAUAAGAAAGUGAAACACGGACAAGAAGCUGAUCAGACAAACAUGAAAAAGAAGAUAAAGAAAGAACCUGAGGAGGAGAAAGACGCUACUGAGACGACCAGCAAACACAAAAAGUCUAAAAGAAGGAAAGGAGGCAGUGAUGACAAUGAAGAAAUGACCGAGAAUAAAGAGAAAUCCGUGACGAUGGAGACGACAGAAAGGAAGGCGCAGAAUGGAGCAGCUUCCGAGGAGGCUUUACCGAUCGAGACAGAGAAAAAGAAGAAGAAAAGGAAAAAGGAGAGGGAACCGCCGUCUAGCACCUGUGAAGAUGUUGAGAAAGUCCUGGCUGAGACCGCAGAUCCUCCCAGAAAGAAGAAGAUCUCUGUGGAGGUUGGUUUAAAUAUGAAGAAAAAGAAGAUCAAAGAGGAGCCGGAGGAGGCGUCCGAAGUAGACGUGGUUUUUCUGUCAUCAAAGAGUGGAAACUCAGAUGAAGUCACCAUAAACAAGGAGAGAAGAAAAGCGCUGCAAAUGCAGGUUGACGAAGCCUCUCAGCCUCAGAAACCGUCCAGAUCAACAGGUUUGGGCCAGUGGAGCACGGCUCAGUUCGACAGCUCCGCGCAGCAGAACAAGUUCCUCCGCCUGAUGGGCGGCUUCAAAAAGGGCGCCCAGCCGGCCGCAGGCAGUCCCGGGGGGGCCAACAUGGCGCUGGGGAAGGACGCCCAGCAGCAGCUGCACAAAGGGCUUCUGGGAGAGUUCGAGCGGGCGCACUCACGCAGGAUGGACUUGAGUCAGCGUGCGGCAGGACUCGGCUUCAGCGCGGCGUCCAACAAGAAGUUCUCCAUCGACGCUGAUGCACGCCGAUCCGUUCGAUUCGAUGACUGAAUGUUUGUAUUCAUGCCCUCAGAGUAGUGUUGUCAAAAGGCAGAUGUUGACGUAACUCAGCUGAUUUGUAGGAAUUUCCAUGAAACCACCGCAAAGAAACUGAUGUGAAAUUUCCAUUUUUAUGUUAAUAGAUUUUUUUUUUAAAACCCAAAGUGUCUUCAGCUUUCAUUCACAUCCUGACAAGACAAACGGCUGCUUUGGUGAUUUGAUAGUCGUUUAUUGUUGCCUUCUGCUUUAAAGUGGAAAAACAUGUACACUACAGGUUCAGUUCUGGCAGAUUGGACUAUCAUAUGUUGUACUUCAAUGCUCCAUGCAUGGUGGUUGAGUUUUAAAUCUGACUCAACGUUUGGCUCCCUUUAUCACAUUUUCCUUUAAGACAGUUCACUUUGAA